CUCAUUGAGGCACUGGUAUUGAUGCAACACAAGACUGGGCCAGAGCAACGAACCCUAACUUUAUUCAACAUCUAAAUCUACACAAACCUCCAAACAUUUUUUGCACUACAGCAAUGAAUUAGCAAACUUCUUAACAUCCUUGUGCUAUUUCGAGUUAAUCAAUUAAUAAAACACACUACAUCAAAUUAAAUUGAAGUUAUGUCCAGUAGUUCCGAAAUGAAUGCUGGAGGUGAUGGUGUUCAUAAUGGCAGCGGCUUACACCAAGUUGAAUCCGAAACCCUACACUCGCAUGCCCGAGUGAAGCACGUCGAAACAAUCGAGAUGCCAAAGUCCAGCAAUCCUAAUGAAGCUUUAACAAUACCAGCCAUCACAACAACUACAGCGGCAACGCAGCUCUUAUCAAAAAUAAAGCAAGAAACACAACAGGUGCACAAAUACAAUGAUCUCCUAGAACGUGGCUCUUGGUCUUCUAAAUUAGACUUUAUCCUAUCCGUUGUCGGUCUCGCCAUUGGACUGGGCAAUGUUUGGCGGUUUCCAUAUCUAUGUUACAAAAAUGGCGGUGGUGCCUUUCUUAUACCUUAUUUCAUGACGCUGAUAUUAGCUGGCAUACCUAUGUUUUUCAUGGAACUAGCUUUAGGACAGAUGCUGACAAUCGGAGGAUUGGGCGUUUUUAAAAUCGCGCCCAUAUUCAAAGGUAUUGGUUACGCUGCUGCUGUAAUGUCGUGUUGGAUGAACGUUUACUAUAUAGUAAUUUUGGCGUGGGCCGUGUUUUAUUUCUUCAUGUCCAUGAGAGCGGAUGUGCCUUGGCGUUCUUGCAAUAACUUCUGGAAUACCGUGAACUGUGUCAAUCCCUAUGAACGAAAUAAUUUACAUUGCUGGGAGAAAUCUAUUAACGGAACGAUGAAAAAAAUUUGCAAACUUGCCGCAGCGAAUGUUUCCGCCUCAGAUCUAACAGAUCCAGUGAAAGAAUUCUGGGAGUAAGUACGACAACAACUAUCUUAUCUCUUACAUAUG